AUGGAGCGCCGCGCGUUGCUCAAGACGACUCUACUGGCGUGCUUGCUCGUGGUCUGCUCCGGGAGAGUUUGUGGUACAGUACCUAUGGUUAUACAACAGCCAUCCACUACCAUAUACAACUCAACCCUUGCCAAGACACUAGUGGAAUAUGCUGCUGCCAUCUAUACUGCUGAUUUGACACAGUUGUUUACCUGGACAUGUGAUAGAUGCGGUGACCUGAUUGAGGGGUUUGAGAUGAUGGACAUCAUCGUAGAUGUGGAGAACUGCUUAGAGGCAUAUGUUGGUUUUGCUAGUGAUAUUAAUGCUGUCAUCGUUGUGUUUAGAGGAACUCAAGAAAACAGCAUCCAGAACUGGAUAGAGGACCUGUUAUGGAAACAACUUGAUCUUGAUUACCCUGGCAUGCCUGAAGCAAUGGUACACCGAGGAUUUUACUCUGCUUAUCAUAACACAACCAUACGCGAUGGAAUCGUCAGCGGUAUUCGAAAGACUCGGAAAUUGCAUGGAGAUGUUCCGAUCAUGGUCACAGGGCAUUCAAUGGGGGCAGCUAUGGCUUCAUUUUGUGCACUUGAUCUUGUUGUGAACUACGGGUUGGAUGAUGUGAAGCUGAUGACAUUUGGGCAACCUCGCGUCGGCAAUGCUGCUUUUGCUUCUUACUUCAAGAGAUACUUGCCUCACGCGAUCCGAGUUACUAAUGCAAACGAUAUCGUCCCUCAUCUGCCACCAUACUUCUCGUUCUUCCCUCAGAAGACCUACCAUCACUUUCCAAGAGAGGUAUGGGUCCAUGAUGUCGGGCUCGGGAGCCUGGUAUACACGGUUGAGCAGAUCUGCGACGACUCCGGCGAAGACCCGGCAUGCAGCAGGUCUGUGAGCGGUAACAGCAUUCAAGAUCACAUAACCUACCUGGGCGUGAGCAUGCACGCGGAGGCCUGGAGCAGCUGCAGGAUCGUCAUGGACUACGCCGAGCUGCGGUACAAGAUGGACCUCCAUGGAAACGUCGUCUUGUCGAAGCAGCAGCAGCAGCAGCAGCCCGGUCUGUCGGACCAGCGAAGAAGACACAGCGCCCAGUGA